UAGAUUUACACUACGGGCAAGGAACGAUCGAAAAGAGCAGGAAAAUGAAAACGAGCUCGAUAAGAAGAAAGGAUUCAAUGUGAUCGAAGGUGGUGAAAUCCAUUUGCUGAAGAAACCAAAUUCAAAGACGAAAAGCGGAUUUCUAAAGUGCAGGCUAUCAACACUGAUGGAAGAGAGAUGCCCUAAGUGGGAACACAUAAAACGAGGGGAAGAUCAAUGUCCAAUUUAUCAGCCUGAACAGGUAGUGGACGUUGCAGAACUGAUCAGAUGCUGGCACAGAGAUCACGAACUGUGUUACUGUAUAAACUGGUAUCUGAAAUGUGAGAAGAGGUACUGCGACAGAUUACCAAUUGUCAUCGAUGUGGAAAACACCCGUCAUUUAACUAAAUGUGAUAAGAAGAUUCAAACAACCUUCACAAUGGAAGUCGACAUCAGCACUGAACUGAACACGGUUAGUUACAUCAGCACUGGGCUGAACACGUUUCAAGAUCCAAUACGGAAUUUGAUAGAUAGCCUUGGGCAUGACAAAAUGCGAGGACUUCUUGACGUGCUGGAGUUGAGAUCAACCCAAGAGAGAGGAAGCGUUGACGAUGAGAAAGAGCAAUGGUAUGAAACGCUAUCAGCAAUCCGAACCGAUCCCAAUCUCUCACUAAGAUUGGGCAGGGCCAUGGCAACGGUGGAUGUGGAGUUAUGUGAUCUGAACAUAUUUGGCAUGACCAAUGCUGAAAGUGGGCACGAAUACCAACGUAUGGCUCGUAAUGAACUGGAACAGUCGUAUGACUGCCCAGAAACAAUCUCCACCGGAAGCAGUUAUGCAAAUGUGAAUUCACAUUUUAAUGCAAAUAUCAGAAAUCCAGAAUCCACAUAUCUAUCGCUCAAUAGCGUCGCCAAUGACAGUGUCAGAAGCAGAAGAUCACAACUACCUUCACCACGUCACAAUCAUGUCUUUCACGAAAGCAGCACAUCGAGUCAUGCACAUGACGAAGGUGCAAUAGCAAGACCGAUCAUUUACUCUGAAUUGAUAGAUAGGCAGAAUCAUGUCUUUGCAGAACGUCCUUCCCCGAUAGGUGCCUCAAACGACUCGGAUGAAACAAAUGAGAAAGAAAUCAUUGACAGUGACUUGGAUGAAACAAACAGGAAAGAAAUUGUUGACAGUGACCAAACGUAUACAAAAAUGUAAAUAUUGGCAAACUUUGCUAAAAUAAUAAAGACUUAAAGGUAUACAUGCCAUAUCACAAAGCUUUUGACGGAGGGUAGGCACAUUCGUAGAUAUGGUACGUGAAGUAGAGAAGGUCCAGAGUACUGUUCUUCUCUCAUUAAAAGGCUGCCGCUAAACAUGAUGUAUGUUCGUCCCACCAGGUAACUCUGUGUAGUUUUAUAAUUAUAUAAAUUAUAUUUAUAGAUUAGUGUUAUGCGUGUAUAUUAUACAAUCUAUUAACAGCUAAUGUAAUAUUGUAUCUCAUUGUUGUUUGUUAGAAUGUAUUGUAGUUAUCUUGUUUUAGUCAUUUUACACAUAGUUCGUUAAACAUAAAGUGAAACAAACUUUUUUUCUUUGUAACA